AUUGUCGAAGUUGGAAAACCGUUGAUCGGCGAAAAAAGUCCGGCGGUUGUUAAAGCUGAUCUAACAAUCAGUUUGCCAAGGCGAACGGACAUUCGUACCGAAUGGGAAAGCCUACGAAAACACGAUGUCUGUUUUCUGAUCAGGUGUCGACCAAAAGCUGCGGUGGGCACCAAAUACGAUAUUAGGAAGCCGUUCAAGGAACAGAUUGAUGUUGCAUCGGUGCGUGGAUGUGAAAUAGAGGGCAUGCUCGAUUCCGAUGGAAAAGUAAUCGAGGAAUAUGCUGCCUAUGCGAGAAAAACGGAGCUGCCAGGUGAUAUGCGGAAAUUUCGAGUGUGGCUUGAUGAAAAUCAGUAUCGUUUGGACACGGAGUCGCGGCAGGAAGAUGCGCUUGAUAAUAUCUAUUAUUCAUUCAAUUUAAUCAUUCGGCGUGAUCCCAAAACAAAUAACUUCAAAGCGGUGCUUGGUACGAUACGCCAGCUGCUAAACACGGAAUUUGUGGUACCGGAUUGGCUGCAUGAUCUGAUUCUUGGAUAUGGUGAACCAAAUGCGGCUCAUUACAAAUCGUAG